UCGCUCAUGGACGUCCGAGUGCGCGGUAAACCGACACCUGUCUGCCACGUUCAGCGGCUCAUAUCCCGUUUUCUCAGGGCUUUCAUACGGGAUAUGAAAAACAAAAAUAACUUACAGACGAAGCAAUCCCCGAAGAAAGCAGCAGGUAUGAGCUUUGAAGUCAGUCUCCAGCAGCUAAACGACCUGUUAACGGACGAGAGCGGUUUGUACAGCUGGCCCACCAAGCACUACCACGAGGUCUACCCGCGGAUCUACGUGGGCAACGCGUUUGUAGCGACAAACGUGUUGCGUUUGAAGCGUCUGGGCAUCACACACAUCCUGAACGCAGCUGAGGGGAACUCCUUCAUGCACGUUAACACAAAUGCAGAGUUCUACAGCGGCUCCGGCAUCACGUACCAUGGCAUCCCCGCCAACGACACUGACCACUUCGACCUCAGUGUAUUCUUUGAGGAGGCCACAGACUUCAUUGCCAAGGCGCUGGCCUAUAAAAAUGGGAAAGGAAAAGUGUACGUCCACUGUCGCGAGGGCUACAGCCGCUCACCCACCCUAGUGAUCGCCUACCUGAUGCUGUGGCAGAACCUGGAUGUGCACACAGCUCUGGCUAUGGUGCGCCACAAACGAGAGAUUGGCCCCAAUGACGGAUUCCUGCGCCAGCUGUGUAUCCUGAACCAGCGACUGGUGACUGAGGGACGCCUCUGCAACCAGUAAACUGAUGGACUGAGAAAUGAGGCCACUGCACUUUAUUCACUCUGUCGACAGCUUUAAGCUGCUUCACAGAGGAGUAUUAAGAGGAGCAAGUCCGUCUGAAUGUAAAAUAGUGAUUCCACUGAUUGGAUACAGAAGAUGUAUUUUUGACAGUGUUCACAAAUUUCCAAGUUGAGGGAACCAUAUUUGUCAGUGUGGCAUUCUGUUUAAGGUAUGCUAUUUCGUCUUUGUUCAGAGCUUAAUUGUAAGUUGUAAGUUAUUACUUAAAAUGAUGUUGUAAACGAGUUAUUAUAACAAGAACAACAUUCAACAUUUCCUGUACUGUCUGUCAUCAAACAAUAGGCGUGAGUGAAAAAAUAAGAUUGUUGUGACUGUUAAGAAUAGUUUCUCAGUAGCAUAUGCAAUUUGUGUGCUUGGUCUAGUCUGUGUAAAUGCACAUUUUGUACUGGGUGAAAAAAUAAUAAUGUGAAUCUGAGUUCAGAACCAACCUGUACCACAGUUUUAAUGUAUAAGACUGGCUCAAAUGUACAGUAGUAAUAUCAGGAUUUAUCUAAAAUACUCCAUACUUUGGUCCUGUGUUGCUUGUAGUGGCUCACAUGUUUAAUGUAAAUCAGGUGAAAAGUACAUAACGACUCCAAAAGAUCAUUACCACACUGUAGGCCAUUAUGGAAAAUCAUACAGUAUGGUUCUAUAUUACAACUGUAUCUUGUUUUUGAUCUGACCUCAGACCUGCCAACACUGCCAAACUGUGACUCUUAUGUACAUAGUUCAGUUCAGUUUGUACAUUGUUCAGGGUAAGAGAACAUAUGAAAAUCCUGUUUCUGCAAACUAUAAGUAUUCAUAAACUCAGUUAAGAGGUGCCAUGCCUUAUCUGUAGCAUUAAGGGUAUCCUACUCGACUGAAAGUGACAAUUACAAUCAAAUGUUUUCUUAGAUUAUAUUGAUGAAGAACAUAAUGCAUGACAUUUAAUUAAAAUAAUGUAACUGGUAGUGAAAGUAUUGUAUUUUUUAACAUAAAGUUGCUAUUGUAUUUCAAAAGGAGGGCUACAUUUUAACAGUAUAUGUUAAUGUGGAUAAGUAUUUUUCUAAUGUACUUUCCAGUGUACACAUUUUGCACAUUUGUAGUUUUGUACUGCUGCAUGCUUUCAUGUCAACCACAGUGGUGUUAUUAUCCUGUACAUUGUGUGUACACACCUUAAAUAUUCUCUGUGUGCAUUUCUAUGUGUCUUGUUGUGUAGC